AUGGAAUACACAAAAGGUUGUGUUUCUGAUUCGAAUGAGGUUGUUAGCAGUAGCAUAAGUACUUUAGCUCAUCACCACUCUCCCUCUUCUUCUUCACCUCCUCCUGAUAUCACAUCCCUCAAACACCUCUCCAAUAACCUCGAACUGAUGGUUAACUCCUCUGACUUCGACUUCUUUGCCGACGCCAAAAUCGUUGUCAGUAACGGCCGGGAAAUCCACGUCCACCGCUGCAUCCUCGCUGCGAGGAGCUCGUUUUUCAGGAAUGUGUUCUCGGCGAAAGAAGGUAGUAGCUCUACCAGGUUUGAACUGAAGAACUUGGCAAAGGAAUACGACGUCGGAUUGGACUCUCUCCUAGCCGUUUUGGGUUACUUGUACAGUGGCAAGCUCAAGUCUUUGCCUAAAGGCGUUUGUGUCUGUGUAGACGACGCUUGUUCUCAUGUGGCUUGUCGUCCUGUUGUUGAUUUCAUGGUGGAAGUUCUGUAUGCUUCUUCAACAUUUCAAAUCUCAGAGCUGGUCACUCUCUACCAGAAGUGUCUGCUUGACAUUCUUGAGAAAACAGCCAUAGAUGAUGUGUUGGUGGUUCUGCAUGUUGCGAAUAUGUGUGGCAAAGCUUGUGAGGGGUUGGUGCGGAGAUGCAUUGAGAUGAUAGUGAAGUCUGAUGUUGAUAUUGUCACUCUUGAGAAAGCACUGCCUCAACAAUCUGUGAAGCGAAUCACCGAUUCGAGGCUGGCCCUUGGCCUGGACAGUUCUCGGAGCAGUAAUUCUCCGAGUAACUUUCCAGAUAAGCACACAAGGAGGAUACACAGGGCUCUGGAUUCUGAUGAUGUUGAGUUGGUCCGAAUGUUGUUGAAAGAGGGGCAUACAAAUCUUGAUGAAGCAUAUGCACUUCACUAUGCUGUGGCAUACUGUGAUGCAAAGACUACAUAUGAGUUGCUUGAUCUUGGAAUCGCGGAUGUGAACUGCAGGAACCUAAGGGGUUACACCGUGCUGCACCUAGCAGCGGCGAGGAAGGAGCCUAAGAUCAUUGUGUCACUGCUUACAAAGGGUGCUCGUCCCUCGGAUCUUACAUUGGAUGGCAGGAAAGCUCUUCAGAUUACUAAGCGUCUUACAAGAGCUGCAGACUUUUUCAAGUCGAAUGAUGAGGGGAAGGCUUGUCCCAAUGACCGGUUGUGUAUAGAGAUAUUGGAGCAAGCAGAAAGGAGGGAUCCAUUGCUUGGAGAAGCUUCUCUUUCGCUUGCAAUGGCCGGCGACGAUCUGCGUAUGAAACUCCUGUACCUUGAGAAUAGAGUGGGACUUGCAAGGUACCUGUUUCCCAUGGAAGCAAAGGUUGUACUAGGUAUUACUCAACUUGACGAAACUCCAGCGUUUCCAGUAGCAUGCCUGAUCCGGAAUAAUCCCACCGGAUCCCGGACAACGACAGUGGACUUGAACGAGGCACCCUUCAAGAUUAAGGAAGAACACCUUGCCAGGCUUAGAGCACUAUGCCAAUCUGUGGAACUUGGGAAACGGUUCUUUCCUCGCUGUUCAGAAGUACUGAACAAGAUCAUGGAUGGGGAUGACAUGUCACAGCUUAUGUACACAGGCGAUGACACUCCAGAAGUAAGGCUCACAAAGAGAAAAAGGUAUAUGGAAAUCCAAGAAGUGCUAAGUAAGGCUUUUGAUGAGGAUAAACAGGAUAUUGAUCGUUCUGGAAUGUCAUCAUCAUCCUCUUCUACAUCAGUAAGAGCAGUGAGGCCUAAGCUCACCGUCAUAGAUUAA